UGGAUACUCAAUCUAUGAAAUUGCUCUCACAAAUAAACAGGUGAUCAAAUGGUGGACUUUAUCAUCCUUUUUCUGAAAGGAAACUAUAUAAAACUUACUUUGAAUUGCAUUGCCUGAAGAUGAUGGACCUAAGUUUUUUGACAGAAGAAGAGCAAGAAAUCUUGAGGGCUGUAAUUGUUAAAGAUGCCGCCCUAAAGGAAACGGAGUAUAACAGAAUUAGACAGCUGGAAGCCAAGCUUCAUGAUGAAAAGCAAUAUAAACUUGUGACAGGAAUAUGGUUUGAGGAAGUCAAAGAGAUGCGCUAUCAGGAUGGUCUCAAUGGGACUGACCUUGUGCGAUCAUCACUGUGGAAUAGUGGCAUACAGGAUUACUCUAGUGAAACCAGCAGUUCAACAGAAAGUGUCUAUUUGGUACCAUAUCUUGGCCCGAGAGAUGAUGAGGUUGCAGAAGCUAGUCAGGACUUUUCUUACAGGUUUGCUGAAGAUAUGAGGGAAUAUCAAAAGAACCUAAAUGCCCCCAAAUCCAUCUUAAAACCACAACGUCAACCACCCUCAAUCCCUUUUUCUUCUCCAUCUUUACUAUCCGAAGCAAGCAAGGAAAUGACUUCUUAUGUGGGAACAGAGCAAUCUUUCUCAAACACUGCAGUCUUAGGAACACCCAUACAGACAUACAAAGAAUGUACCACUUCAUCAGUGAGUCCCACACACUAUUCCAACACCAUUCGACCUGAGAAAACUACUAACUAUGAAGUCUCGGAUAACAGUGUAUUGAGAGAAUUUGGGUCUUGCAGCUCCUCAGAAAAUUUUGAGGAAUCUUACAUACCAACAGAUGAGGAACACUCUCCAGCAGACCUCUCCAUUCUGCCAGGCAGGGCAGAGGAAGCUAAUACGAGUGAACAGGAAUAUCUACUAAAAUGGCUUAACACUGAAGACCCUGUGAACCUUCCAAGACUGCAGAGGUCUAUAUCUCUCCAGCCAUUUAGGAACCCAGCCUUCAGAAACCUUAGAGAAGACAUGAUUAGGAAACUAUAUUUCCUGAGAGCUUCUGAAAGUCCAUUACACCAUGGUUUUAAUUUCUCACCUGGACCUUUCCCAAGAGUUCUGCCACCUACACCUGCUCCCAGGUCCGUUCCUCAUGCAAAAACUGAGAACCCAGAGCCAGUACCAGAUGACCAUGACCCUUUAAAUAAAACUGUUGUGGAACACCUAUCUGAGGAGGAACCUCCAACAAUUAAAUAUGGGACACAUGCUAGAGCCCCAUAUCUUGCACAAACGUCUAUUGUAGAACAAAAAGAAGAAGAGGACUACUCUGCAGAAACACAAGACUUCUUAAACAGCAUAACAGAGGCCUUCAGAGAAAAUGAGAGUUUGAACAGGGACCCAAUGACACCUUGGAAAACAUGUUCCAGACAAGCAAUGCUCAAAAGCAGUAAAGAUGAAACAGACAGUGAAACCCAUAGAACGGAGAGAGCUGACACCAGUGAAGAAUCUUCUGAGGAUGACAGUACAGGCCAGAAAAAUGAAUUUGACUCUCAGAAAAGUGCAUCUCAAGUCAUGGAAGCUUUGGCCAGAGCUCAAGCUACAAAAGUAAAAUUCUGUUUCCCUGAGAAAAUUUACUACUCUCCAGUACUUUCUUACAACGAUUCAAGACAAAAAGAUGCAACAGACCAAAACACAUUAAGAUCCCCAAAGCCAGACUCAGAGGUGUAUGACAACAGGACUGGGAGUUCCAAUAGUGUUGGUUCCACCAAUUUUGAAGACCAGGCCUGCAUUCAGUUUCACCUCGAUUAUUCUCCCAAGAUCCAGGAGUUUCAGAUUUAUAUUGCCCAGUGCAGAAACCUGGACAAGGUUAAAGUGCAAAGAGGAGACAUUGACCCGUAUAUCAAAACAUAUUUGCUCCCAGACAACAGCAGGACAACAAAAAGGAAGACCACAGUCAAAAAGCAAACAGCCAACCCCAUGUUCAAUGAGAUUCUGAAGUAUAAAAUUGAAAAGAACAGCUUGGUGAGCCACAUACUGUCCCUUUCAGUCUGGGAUUAUAAUAUGCUGGGGAAGAACCAAUGUCUCGGGGAACUGGCUGUGGCUCUGAACACCUGGAAUUGGAAUGACAGAGAACAGAUGUGGUAUCCUCUGAAAUCAUGUAUUACGUCAGACAGUGGUUCAGGUCUGCUGGCUUCAACAUCAGCACUUAAUAUAUAGGAUAAAUCAAGAAUUAACCAGCUGCAAAUUGCAAGAGAGGAAAUUGAUGAAAAAGUUUACAGACCUACAUGCACAAUUAUAGAGAAAACUGAACCAGAUGGAAAUUGCUAUGAAAAUUGCUAUUGCAAGUGGAAGAAAUAUUUUUCAUUUAAUUAAAUAUAAUUAAACAUUUUUAAUUAAAUGGCAUGAGAUUAUAAUUAAAAGAACAAUCCUUUCUGUUUGCAGUAUGUACAGUAGAUACAUUUCUAAUGUAUAUAUAACAAAGACAUUGUAUUCAGUUAUGUCUUAAACUUGAGUUAUGAUGUGAUUGUAAAUAGCUUAAAAGUAAUGAUGUUGUUUUUUUGAAAAAACACUGGUCUGAAUUAGUCCCAGUUUCCCAAGAAACCUUUGCACUUAAUAAAAUAUUAUUCCAAACACAUAUGAAGGAAAUUAGACAAUGUAUAGAGAUUAAGAUUCUUAUAUUCUUAAUGUGUCUUUUAAAAUCCAUUAUGUUGCUGUUUGAUUAGUCUUGUUGAAAACAAGAUUUACCCCUAGUGACAUAACAAUAAAAAGUCAAGUACAUGUGGUAAAUUGUAUUUUUA